UGCGUAGCGGAUCAGAAGACCCCCUUAGAGGGUGCCAUACUGGUGAUGACCGCCCAUACGUACACCUUGGACUCGGCGCUUCACGACCAACAAAAACUGUUGCAAAGUAUGAAGAACAACAAGGAAGGCGCACUCGAGAAAGCCACUGCCAAGCUGGAAACACUGAUAGAGAACAAUAGGAAG